CGUGUCGACCAAUGAUAAUAGACAUUUGAUUGGCACGAGCCGGCUUCUUCCGUCGAUCGCGAUUGGUCGAUGUUGAAACGAGUAUGCGAAAUUUCUGAGCUGGAUAUUUCUGACAACGAGCUUUGACAUAUCGUUGUUAUUUUGCAUAUAUGUCGAACCAACGCUACCCCGAGUACUGCCCCCUUUCAUACUCGCUCCUGUUUCUUCCGAGCGAACAUUUUGUUAUCCAGAGAGGACCACCACAGCGUUACGCCUACCACAUCAUCGACGGGAUAGAUUUAUCAAUCGACGUUAAAAAAAAAAAAAAAAAGAAGAAGAAGAAUACACCUGUACAUCGUGUUCACACUGUGUAACAGUGUUUGUUAUCUAUCGCGCAAGGGCGUAUUCCCUCUUCACCUGGUGUCAUUAUUGGACGCGCGAAUUAUUCAAAACUCUUUCCGACACAUCGUCGAAGCACCGACCAACUAAUGUGCAACGAGAAUCAGGCCUUAGCAGUCAAUUUUCGCCGAGAAAGUAAAUUCUUUCUGACUUAGACGGUUGUGCUUUAUUGUCUUUUGUGGGCGUCGAAUAUUGUGAUACAAUUUAGUUGAUUGUUUGCGACCAGCAAAGUUAACAUUCUGCUCUCGCUAAUUGCUCGUGAGAAAAAAUAUGUCAGAGACACAAGGAAUCACGCAAGCAAUGGGCAAUCCUUACAAAAUAGUUGAUCAUACCAGAGAACGAAGAAAGGGCAUCACCGCUUCAUCGCUUAAGGAGCUGACCAAUAUUGCGCGCAAUCGUCUGGCCCUGCCUGUUGACGCGGAUCUGACGAUCGUGCUCGAACAGGAUGGAACCGAAGUAGACGAUGAAGAAUAUUUUGCCACGCUAGAAAGAAAUACGAGUUUGAUGGUACUGCAUGGAGAUCAAAAGUGGAUUGCUGCCGGAAGCAGUAAGGCGUCUCGUUAUAUCGUUGUGGACGACGUGGACAAUGUGGAGGGCAGUUCACGAACUGAUAAAAUUCGACGACGAACACCCAUUGAGCCUUUGGUGUCGUCAUUGCACGGCGAUCCGUCGCAUAUCUCGCUACUUGGGGGAAACGACUUGGAAUUACUCAGCGACAUGGAUCCUGAUAGUUUAGCUGAUAUAGUGCCUGAUAGACUUUUCCUCGAACAACUGAAGGAAGCUUCAGGUAGAUUCCUGGCGGAGAAGCGACAGGCGCAAGAAUCCAUGGCUCUUCUUCAAAUGUACGCAAGUGGUGGUGAGAUGGAGCGAGCGUAGGCCAUGUGGGGGGUGGGCGCCCUCACAUUGGCCAAUAUGUAUAGAGUGCGACGUCGCAUAUUCUACAAAGGUCGCCAACUGCAACAGACUUUGAUCCUGUUCUGGAAUUGAGCCCAUCUUCAUUUAAACAAUAACAGAGUAACUGAGAAUACACAAGCAUUAGCUUGGAGAAUCUGGAGAACAAGUUCGCAGAAACAAGUAUACUGUACAGAGAUGACACGAGAGAGUAGCUAACAUGGUUUGUUCGACAAUUUAGCAUAUUAAUGCACAGAUUCCGUCUUAUAUAUAGUUGACGUAGCAAUUCUGUUUUUUUCUUUUUUUUUUUUUUUUUUGGUAGAAUUUUUUAAUCUAUAACAUAUAUCUAUGUACACACACAACAUGAUAUUUUCAGUGGCACAACUAUGCUUUGGCAAUAUACUUUACAUCCUUUUAGUGAACGUACGGAAUUGCUUUACAUAACGUAAGAUACGUUGCUAAUACUGAAAUUAUAUAUAUAAUAUAUAUAAUUUAUAUAUAUUGUAUAUAUAAAUUGCGCAUAUAUACAUGUAUAUAUAUGCAUGAGCAAGUUAGCUAUUAACUUAUCUUCUGGAUAUACACAAAGAGAGAAGCUGCACAAGUAGCAUCUUAAAGUGGAUAUUCUGUCGCAAUGUCGCCAUAUCAAAUCGCAGCGGGACGUGUUUUGUUCGUGGAAUUUUUGUACUUAGAUACGUCAUAUACCGAGAUUUAGUUCAACGAAGAUCGAUGGAAUAUUUAAGACUGAAUUUAUAGCGAAAAAAAAAACCGAAAAAGCCCUCAUUCAAAUCACCAAUUCAUUGUACACUAACAUUAGUGACGUAAUAGCGACGAUAAAACAAAAAAAAAACCAAAAAAAAAAAAAAAGAAUCGAUAUCAGCCCUUUGAUACCAAGCAAAGUUGUGCAUUUGAUAAAGAAAAUCGAUGAAACUUGCAGAAAAGAAAGAAAAUAGGACAGGUGUUUCUGACAAGACUACGCAUACAUGUAAGCUAUGUAUAGGUACUAAAUAAUUACCAAGUUUACAAUUGUGUACCAACAAGCAAUGUCGCAUUUAUAUUCAUUUAUGUAAUUCUCAAGUUACAAAGUACGAAGUAACGCAAUAUACAUAUUUACACAAUACAUUUUCUAAAACCGACAUAACGAAAGUGUAUGUCUACUCUCUGCAGAAAUGCUCUGUUUCAAUAUCGUACUGUUCUUUGAUAAUGUAUAUCUGUAAAACAUGAUUACUCCUCUAUGUGAACUGCAUUAUGCAUAUUUAUAUUAGAAAGUCAUAAUACCAUCGCAUUUAAAUCAUCGACAUAAUUUUGAAAUGGAAAAAAAAAAAAAAAAAAAAAAAAACGUAAGGAUCAGUAUAGGACUGAUUGCUAUCUAUCUUCUAAAUCAAAUGUCGUUAAAAUCCGAUACAACACAUAUAUUUAGUUUCGCAAAUUAAUCAUAAGGUAUUAGUUUAUAAUGAAUUGACGUGAUUGAUACCUUUUCUCGAGAUAAAGUAAAAUUAUGCUAGAGAAGAAAAAAAAACAUACAAAAGAAGACACAUCAAAUAGUACUGCCAAACAAAGAUCAAUCAAUGCUCAACAACGCGUUCCCGAUUAUAAUGAGAACGUGCGAUGUUUUUUUUUUUUUUUAAAUAUUCGCAUCUAAUGCGCGGUAUAUCACAAGGAUGGCAUUAUAUACUAAUACACGUACUCUCUCAUCGCUACCGAGUAUAUCUUAGAGAUAUUAAUAAGCACUAAUAAGUUUUAAAAGUUAAGUUUUAAUGGAAUGCAGGAAAUUGUCGUCUAUGAGUUGACGUAGAGCGUUGGAGGUGUCUUUUACUCGAGUAGACGCAUUGCGCAACUGACACACAGCCUCCUGUAACACCAGCUCACUUCUCAGCAACUGUCGAUUAACAGCUGAUAAUUCUUGCACGUUGGUUGCGAUUACGCCCUCGGUCACUUGCAGAAUGUUUCUGUCCAAAGUUUCAUUGCAUUCGUCUGUUCGAGUUUUAACGUAUGUGUCAAUUUAAAUAACGUUCAAUAUUAACGGACAAUUAUAUGUAUAUCAAUUUUUUUUUUCAAAUUUUGAAAUAUAAUUUAUUGUUUGUUUCACAAGUGGCUGUUUUUAUAAGAAAUGAAUAUGUAAGAAUUUAUUUGUACAACAUAAAAUCAGAUAAAUAUUAUCAGAUAAAUAUUAUACACUUGUGCAACUGAGUUUUAGAUGCAGAAAUUAAGUUAGGCAAAACAUAUGUAAAAAUCACUGAAAGAUAUUAAGUUAUGUAUAUUCUACACACAGCAGUCUCAUAUAAUACUGUUUAGCUAUAGUUGCACAUUGUACUGCUAUAACAUUAAUAAAAGAAUGUUGACAAAAACUA